AUGAACAAGUUUUAUAUUCAAAUUGUUUUUUUUCUUUUAAUCAUCUCCAUAUAUGUGAAUAAUAAAACCCAUGAAACUGAGCUUGCUCCAGAAAAAUAUACAAAACACAAAUCAAAAAAAGAUACAAAACCCAAAUCAACAAAUCAUUAUCCUACUUCAGAAGAAGUAUAUGAAAAAAACAAGCACCUAUUAUUUAACAAUCCCAAAGAAAUUAUACAAGCGUACGCAUAUAUGAAUAAAGCUUUAAAACAUUUAGAACGGCAUGCUACAAGUAAAAAUGGCUAUAAAUUAUAUAAUAUAUAUUAUGCUUACCAUAUGCUUUUUUAUAAAAAACGCUAUCGAGGUCAUACAAAAAUUCAAAAAGUUGAAUAUAUAGUUUUUGAUUUGAAUAAGUAUAAUGAAAUAAUAAACGAGGUGUGGGAUCCAAAUAGUGGCAAUUAUUUUUAUCCAGGCUCGGUUAAAAAAAAAAUUGUCCGUAUGUACACUCCAAAUUUAGUAAUGAUACAACAACGUUGGAAAAAAUGGCCAUGGUCUCGUGAGAAAUAUUUUUAUGCUAUAGCUGCAAAAUUUAAAAUAUCAAAAAACAAAACUAUAAUUGUCAUGGCUUCAGCAAAUAUAAUUGAUCACAACCGUAAAAAUAAAAAAUAUUUUGAAAACAAAAUAAUAGAAAAUGAAAAUUUAUUCCAAGCGGAAAUUGAUUCUGAAGAUGAUAUUAGAAAUGGAAAAUUAAAAAAAAUGUUUCUUAACUUAAACGGAUACAUUGUUGAAAAAAAAAACGACCAUAUCUAUAUCACCUAUAUCGACUCUAAUGAACAUGGUUCCAUUUAA